AUGGCAGAUAAAGUUGAAGUUGUUUUAGAAAAGAUGACUGAUGAGCUAUAAUACUACAUCAGCUAGGAACUAUUUUCAAAGAGGGAGGUAAAAAAAAUUGUCAAAGAAAGACGUGCUUCUGAAUAUAAAAUGCAAAGAAAAGAUGCUUCCCUUUUAUUCUUUAUGGAUUCAAUUGAUUUUGAGAAGAAACUUGACAAACUUAGAAUGAAGAGAAAAAAUAAGAGAGUUGGAAAGGAUGGCUCAGGAGCUUAGAAAGUAGUUCUAAUGGAUCAUAGCAUAAAGCGCAGAAUUAUGUACUUGUACGACAGAGGAAUAAGAAAAUUUAAGAAUAAUAUUGCUCUUCAUAAGGAAUAUAUGGAGUAUUUAGUUAGCAAUAAGAGCUUUUAAAAGCUUAAUAGAGUUCUCGCUAAAUCUGUGCAGAUACAUCCAAAUGUCCUUGAUUUCUGGCUGAUAGGUGUCUAUGCAGAGCAUGAUAUGAGAGGUAAUCUGUUUUCAAGCAGAAAGCUAAUGUUAUAAGCUAUUAGAAAUAAUCCAGACAACGCAAAUUUCUAUGUUGAAUACUUUAAAUACGAAAUCAAGUUCUUUGAGAAAAUCAAGCAAAGAAUAUAGAUAUUGAAUAGUGGAGGUGAAUAAGAAGAGAAAAAGAUUGAUUUCAUUAUGGAUGAAGAGGAUGAGGUUUAGUCAUAACACUCAAAUAAAAAUGAAGAAAUUGAAAAUAUAGAUCUGGAAGAUGGAAAAUUAAGUGGCAGCGCUAAUUUAGUUGAAAUUGUAUUUGACAAUAUUUUGGAACAAUUUGGAGAUAGAGUAGACAUCAUCAAAAGAUGUAGGGACAUAAGCAGAUAAUCUGAGUUGCUAGAAGAAUCUCUAAAGAAUAAAAUAAAUUCUUCAUAUUAAUAGAUGAAAAACACAAAUGAGGGUUUCCUUAAAUAUUCUUAAAUGAAACUAAAAGAUCAAAGUAUAAGUAUUGAAAAAUUAAGCAAAUUACUAGAAAAAAAUUCAGAUAAAUUUGAGGAAGAUGAAAUCUAAUAGUAAGUAUUAAUCAAACUAGAAUCAAUAAUAGAGAAAAAGGAAUAAAUUGAAGAAAAGAGGUAAAUAAUCAAGUUAAUCAUGGAUAAUAUGAACCUAAAUGUGAACUAAUGCUAAGAUUUACUUCUAAAGUAUCAUAGAAUUAUUGACCUGACAAAUAAGCAAUAUACAAUGAUGAUCGACGGAAUAUUAAAAUCUUAAAAUAGAAAUCUACCCUCUAUUUAUCUUCACAUAAAAUCUAUGAGAACAGUCCCUAAAGAUUUGUUAGCGGAGUUAGAACAAAAAAGCUGGAACUAUAAAGAAUUCAAAGAUCUAUAACUAAUUGUAAACUCUAAAUCUAUAAUCCUUAAUGAAAUGCUCAAGAUGAAAAAGUAAAGCUUAGCAGAAGAAUAUCUCAAGAAAUGCCUUCUUUAAUUUUCUGGAGUUGCUCAAUUAAAGAGUGACAUAAUUUAUCAAUAUUCAAAACUGCUCAAGUCAGCUGAGUUAUAAGAAGUGAAUUAGUCUAUUAGCUUUUUGAUAGAGUAAAUCAGCAAAUCAUCUUGCAUAAUAAAAGAUAAGGUUUAUGAUAAUCUCUUGCUAACAAUAAAUCUAUCAUUACCUAGUAAAAAGCAAAACUGCCAAGAAGUAAUUAAUAGAAUAUACGAAUCAAAGAUUCAUAAUGGAGAUAAUAAAAAAGACUCUAGCAAAUGGCUUGAAUAUAUCAGCUACUUAGUUAACAUUGAGAAUAAUGAGGGCAAAGCUAGAGAUGUUUUUGAAAAUGGACUUUAGAAUGUCUCAAAGGGAAGUUAGGAGGGAUAUAUUCAAAGCUAUAAUAAAAUAAUUUCAUCAAAGCAAUGA